AGCCAUGGAAGAAGUGGAGCUACUGCAUGUGGGUGAUUGGCUUCGGAUGAGAGCAGUACAAAAUGGAUUCGCAUCCUCAUCCUCCUUUUAUGGGCCCCACACGUCCUCAACACGUUAAUCAUCAUCAGCCUCUUCUUCUAUAUUCUCCUUCUUCUUCUUCCUCCUCCUCCUUAAUUGCCACUCUGCUCUUUCUCUCUCUCUCUCUCUCUCUGUGCCACCCAAUUGCCCAAACCGUGCUGAAACACCGACCCAGUAGAGCAAAGAUCUCAUCUUGAACCGCCGGAGCUCGGACCCAGUUGGGAAAAUUUGAGCCUUGAUCAUCGGUUGAGGAUGAGUACAGCAAAGUCGCCGAGGAUGAGGACCCGGGUCGGGAAGUACGAGCUGGGCAAGACUCUCGGGGAGGGCACCUUUGCCAAGGUCAAGUUCGCCAAGAACACCGAAACCGGGCAGUGCGUCGCCAUCAAAAUCCUUGAUCGUGAGCAAGUACUCAAGCACAAGAUGGUUGAACAUAUAAAAAGAGAGAUAUCGACAAUGAAGCUGAUCAAGCACCCGAAUGUCACGCAAAUGUUUGAGGUUAUGGCAAGCAAAACUAAGAUCUACAUUGUUCUCGAGUUUGUUGAUGGGGGUGAGCUCUUUGACGAAAUAGCCAAAAAUGGGAGACUGAAAGAGGACGAUGCCAGGAGAUACUUCCAGCAGCUCAUUAAUGCCGUGGAUUACUGUCAUAGUCGAGGCGUGUACCAUAGGGAUUUAAAGCCAGAAAAUCUUCUCUUAGAUUCAUACGGUGUCCUUAAAAUAUCAGAUUUUGGAUUGAGUACAUUUGAACAACAAGUGCGGGAAGAUGGGCUGCUUCAUACUGCCUGUGGGACUCCAAAUUAUGUUGCUCCUGAGGUUCUCAAUAAUAAAGGAUACGAGGGUACAUCAUCUGAUGUUUGGUCUUGCGGGGUGAUCCUCUUUGUACUUAUGGGUGGUUACCUGCCUUUUGAUGAACCAAAUCUCAUAGCUCUGUACCGAAAAAUAUGCAAAGCUGAAUUUUCAUGUCCAUCAUGGUUUUCAUCCAGUGCAAAGAAACUGAUACACCGUAUACUUGAUCCAAACCCUGCUACGAGGAUGACAAUUCCCGAGAUAUUAGAAAAUGAAUGGUUUAAGAAAGAUUACAAGCCAGCACAGUUUCAAGAAGAAGACAAUGUAAAUCUUGAUGAUGUGGAUGCUGUUUUCAACAAAUCAAAGGAAAAUCUUGUAACAGAGAGGAAAGAGAAACCUACAUCAAUGAAUGCUUUUGAGCUUAUUUCGAGGUCACAGAGUUUCAAUCUAGAAAAUUUAUUUGAGAAGCAGAUGGGUCAUGUGAAACGAGAAACCCGUUUCACUUCUCAACGCCCUGCAAAUGAAAUCAUGAGUAAGAUUGAGGCGACUGCAAAGCCUUUGGGCUUUAAUGUUCACAAGAAAAACUACAAGAUGAAGUUGCAAGGUGAUAAGCAUGGAAGGAAGGGUCACCUCUCUGUAGCCACUGAGGUGUUCGAGGUGGCUCCCUCCGUGCACAUGGUAGAACUCAGGAAAACUGGUGGUGACACACUAGAGUUUCACAAGUUCUAUAAAAAUUUCUCAUCGGGGUUGAAAGACAUAGUGUGGAAAUCUGAAGAAACUACUACUGAAGAAUCAAGGUCAUAAUAAAGUCUUAUCUUUUCCGGGUCCGAUUGAUUCUUCUGACCAAUUUUGGCGUAUAAUGCUGAGCCAUAUAUACAAUGUAUAAUGAUGGUACAUGGAAGGCAUGGGAAACUGGGAGCAUGUGGUAUUUAGUGUAGUCUGCAGUAACCAGAUGGGAAUCCUCAAAAUUGAGGUCGGAUGCUUACCAUGUUAACUAAUUAUAUGAACCAAAUCAAUCAACUUUUUCGAGAACAUGAUUGCAGUUCAUUAUAGUGAAGUCAGAAAUUCUUCAUAUUCUGUAAUUGAGGAAUGAACAUUCCAUAUCUAUCUUCUCGGAUUUUAAGUCAAUUAUGCGAUACUUUGCUUGGUUAAAGUAUAAAUUCUCUUCUCACA